AGGUACGAGAACGGGCGCAUGGCGACGAAAUCAAAGUGAUAACGCGUACAUCCGCGGAACAAACAGCCCAAAAAAUCUUCGUCAGCGUUGUCCUGUACACAAUGAGCCAUCAGCCAGCGAUGCCGCGGUUCAUCUUUUGCAUCGAAGAGGCUCGCCAACAUCCGGGUGUCGAUUCUGUAACAGACAGCGGUGGACACUGGUUACCUUCCUUGCGUCCCGGAUCCAAUUACAAAGAUCGAGGUCAAGGUGUUACGAACCUCUGGUGGAUCUGCAACGGCACCCAAAUUUACUCGAUCGCUGAGGCGGCACUACCGGCGGAUCUCAAACCGUACAAAACCUACUCGGUGUUCUUCAGUGAAGGCUUCGGCUUCCGGAUCUUACAAGGAGAUGCUACAAACCCACCUCCUGGCGAGGUCUGGCACCCUCUGGGAUUUGAGCACGAUGACAGAGACAAUUAUUCCUCUUACCUGACCAAUGUUGUGCAGAGUACAGCUCUGCGCUGUCACCGCCAAGAUCAAGCCUGGCCAGGUAUGCUUUUGCCCAACAUUUUCCACGGCCCUGUCGGUACGGGUUCGCAAGGUGCGCUGAAAGGAGAAUUGCCGAUAUUCUUGGGCUUGCUCGCCCUGUCCAUGUCUCCCGCGGAGCUGCAAGUAGAAUUGCCUCAGAUGUUCCACCACGGCAUGUGGCAGACGCACACCAGCACGAACCGCUGGCAACACAAACGAGGUGUGGUCGUUACAGUCUUCUCCUAUCCGACCACGGCUGGAGGAUCUGUUCCCAUCGACAUCCAGAGAUUCGAAGACGGAUGUACAGGGAAAUACUACUACUGAUACAGUCGUCGCCAGCCCUACCGUCCUACGCCCUUCCGCGUCUGCCAAGACUCCGCUGUCCGUCUCCUACUCGUUCCGCCUUCCGCUACGCUACGCUGGUUGCCUGAAAUAUUACCCCAGUCGCUCGCUAAGAACCGCUUUGCCCGUCAGCUCACCGCGCCCACCCCUGGCGCCUCCAGCUCUAUAUCCCUUAGACGUACACAACCACGCUGAGAAAGGCGGUCCGUUCUACG